UAAAUUUAUCAUCAUCAUUACCAUAAUUUAUAUAUAAUUAUCAUCAUCAUCAUCAUCAUCAUUUUCCAAUCGUUGUUGUCUAUUAAUUUAACUCGUUGAUUAUUAAAAAAAAAUCACCAUUAAAUAUGAUUCCUAGUGGUGGAAAUCUUAUUUUCAUUAUAUUAACAGUAAUCCAGUUAUUUUGUUCACAAAUUGAUUCGGUUCCCUUAGAUUUUGAUGACGAAGGUGAUGAUAACACUUCACUUAAUCCAGUUAUCCUAAUUCCUGGACUCCAAGGGUCACAAUUAAAGCUUCUUUUACAAAAGGAUUUCACUUGUCAUAAAGCAAGUGAUUACUAUUUUAGAGUUUGGUUAAGCCAAGAUUACCUGUUACCUUAUAAGAUUGAUUGUUUACUCGCUAUGCUUGAACUUCACCCACCAAGUGAACAAAGAGUUCUCGCUAAAACUGCAAGUUUUGGUGACACAUUUUCCAUUGAAGAUUUGGAUCCUUACCAAUUUCUUGAUUCUUCCUUGUAUAUGUUCAAAUUAGUUGAUUCAUUGGCAAAUAAUGGCUUUAUAAGAAAUAUAUCAAUCAGAGGAGCUCCAUAUGAUUUUAGACUUGCACCAAAUGAACUUAAAGAUAGUUAUUUCCUGGAAUUAGAUCUACUUGUCUACGAAACAUAUCUAAUCAAUGAUAAUCGUAAAUCAGCAUUGGUUUGUCAUUCUCUUGGUUGUAAUAUAAUAUUAGCUUAUUUGAAUGAUAAACCUCAGGUAUGGAAGGAUAAAUAUAUUGAUCGUCUCAUAACGGUUGCAGCUCCUUUUGGUGGUUCCAUGAAGGCUUUAAAAGCUAUUGCAGUUGGUGACAACAUGGGAAUCUUUGUCUAUGAUAAAAGUAGAUUUAUAAACACUGAAAGGAGUUUCCCAAGUUUAGCUUAUCUUUUACCUAAUCCAAAGGUAUUUGGUGAUCAUGUUAUAUUGAAAACUCCGGAACAUGAUUAUACAGCAAAUGAUUUUCCAGAGAUUUUCAAUUUCCUCAAUGCAAGUCAAACUUAUCGAAAUUGGAAUAUAACCAAAGACAUUAUACCCGAUAUACCUUUUCCUGGCGUUCGUGUUGAUUGUAUCUAUAGUGUGGGAGAGAAAACAGUUAAAAGAUUAAAAUAUUUUAAACAAGAUUACAAAUCAUCACCCAAGUCAGAAAAUGGAAACGGAGAUGGAACCGUUAACUUACCUAGUCUUCAAUAUUGUGAUAAUUGGAUUAAUUUGGAUCCCAAACACCAAGUUAAAAUACAUACCUUUAAAAAUAUCAACCAUUUUGAUCUAAUUCGCCACAAAGAAUCAGUCAAAUAUAUUACCAGAAUUUUAACCGAUUAACAUGAUACAAUUCAGAAUAAAAAAAAACAAGAAAAACAAAAAUAAACGAUCAACAAAUUUAGAAAUUAACAUUUUCAAGUUGUCUCUCUAUUCAGAUAAAACAUUUACUAUAAAAGGUCAAUAUUCACACUUCUCUUUUCUUUGAAACAAGGAACAAAAAAAAAUAAUCCAAAUUGAAGU